UCCUAAAGCAGAAACUCUGGGGGCUGCUUUCGGGUCUGGGAGAAGUUGGUUUGGGUUGUUGCGCGCGCGCUCACUUGCAAACAGCUCGCGAAGGCACGUCUGUUGCCGCAAGUGCUGGCUAUUGACAGAAGUGUCCGUGUGUGAAUGUGAAAGGCAGAGCUGGUGGCUGGGGACCAGGUGUAUGAGCCCGGGACGUGCGCCCCGCGGGCAGUGUGAGCGCGCUCACCAGCGGCCUGUAGCUGAGAGGGGCGCGUGUGUGAAAGUCUGAAGUCUGCCCUUAAGGCUUGCAGCACGGGCUCUCCUUUGCGGGACCGCGCAGGACGAGCGCCCACUCGACAAUGAAGCGCUUCAGAGAAGUGGGGCAGGGGUAUGGAGCGAGACGGGCAGAAACCUGGGCACAGGCUGUCCCAGCCCAGCAGCUUAGCAAACAGAAGCCAGAAGCACAGGACAGCUGUGUAAACCAACUCCGGCGGCGCCGCAGUGCAGGGUCCUGGGUUAGAGGGGGGCAUGCUGAACCCACAGUCGAGGUUUCUGGAGUUGGAGGGAAAUGCCUAGCACUACUUGUAGCCAGUGGCAGCUUAGCCCCUUCCCCAGUCCUCCUGACCACUCCUACCGGUCCCAGAGAAGUGAGGCCGAAGGAGGCUUGGCUGGCUGCCAGACUAGAAGCAAAACGACUUUGAGGGGUGCAGGGUGCCGGGGCACAGGUGGCCUGGGGAGUGAGGAAAGUGCGGAGGUUAUCUCAGGGGCACCCAAGGUGGUCCAAAGAGAUCAAUGUUUCAGGGCCCCUCUUCCCUCCCUCCCCCAGCCCCUCCCUGCUCCAUCCAACUCCUUCACAGUGGGCCAUUUCAGCUGAGAUCCCUUUUUAGAACCCAGGACUCCUCGGGGUCCAGGUGGCCAGAUGGGGUCCUUACUGGCAUAGCAAGAGGGGCUUCAAGACUAGAGUUCAGGCACCAAGACAGUGAGAGAAGCUCUGGUCCCUCACUGUGGCUGACUCCAAACUCUCCUCCAUUGGCCCUCAUUUUCUGGACGUCGUCGAAAGCUCUCCACCCCUCCCUGCCCUCCCGCUCUCCAAGCAAUGACCUCAUUGCAAAAGACAGCCAGAGCGGAUGGUUCCCCUCCCUAGAGAACCAGUGCAGGGAGAGCGAGCAAUGACGCCACUGGAGCUGGGUCGGUCCUGGCCACUUUGGAUUGGCCGCGCGGACUCGUGGGGACCCCCCUCCCACUGUCGCUGGAAUAAGAGCCGAGAGCUCCGCGGGGAAGACGCCCGCAGCAGGCGUUGUGUCCAACGGAGUGGACCGGCCGCUCGCGCUCUCCAGAAACUCGUCUCCAGAACUCCACCACACCCUGAGACACUUGUUUCUGCUCUACAAAGCCAUUCAUUGCACUGUAUCUUUUGAGAUUCACAGCAGCCCAUCUGGCAAAUGAAUGGAGAGAGGCAUCAUGGGCUUCGGGAAGUCCUCCCCCUUUCUGGCUUUCAGCAUCUUGGUCCUGUGCCAGGCAGGCAGCCUCCAGGCGGCACCAUUCAGGUCUGCUUUGGAGAGCCUCCCAGACCCCACCACACUCAGUGAGAAGGAAGGGCGCCUCCUGCUGGCUGCCCUGGUGAAGGCCUAUGUGCAGGGGAAGACAAAUGAACUGGAGCAGGAGCAGGAGCAGGAGGAGACAGAGGGCUCCAGCGUCACUGCCCAGAAGAGAUCCUGCAACACUGCCACCUGUGUGACCCAUCGGCUGGCAGGCUUGCUGAGCAGAUCUGGAGGUGUUGUGAAGAACAACUUUGUGCCCACCAACGUGGGCUCCGAAGCCUUUGGCCGUCGCCGCAGGGACCUUCAUGCCUGAGCAGCUCAGUGACUCCAGGAAGAAGGUCACCGUGAAGCUGAACUCACCACUUCUGUUAAUUUCUGUUGACAACACUUGGUGGGAAGGCCCCAUGGAAGAUAUACAUGUUUGCAUCCCAAUAGAUACUGAAAAAAGCACCUUUGUCACUUACAAGGAAUGAAAGUGAAUGCAAAAUAAGCUAAUUCCAUAUGUAUCGUGUAUCCUUUUUAUAUUUGACUCUGUGUGUGUCAGUGUGGUGGUGGCAUCUAUCGUUGGCUUAUCUGGUAGCAAACUGGUUCUUUGAGAGCUAUCCUGUUGAUCACAGCAGCUCUGCAAACCUUAGGGGGACAAUAAGUCAUUGCCUUUGUGGCCUCUGGGGACAUGUGGUAAUGGUGAUGCUUUGCCUUGUUGUCUAAGAACAUGACUGUAGACUUUAUUUAAGGAAAUCUCAAUGUUGUAUCAUUUGUGAACUUCAUCAAGAUUAAAAACAUAUUUUGGAUA